AGAGAGAGAGAGAGAGAGAGAGAGAGAGAGAGAGAGAUGGCGCCAGUCGCCGACGCCGCCGCCGUCCCGAGCCCCGCGCAGGCAGCGGCCGCGGCGGCGGACGCCGAGGGCCUCCGGAAGGCCGUGCAAGGGUGGGGCACGGACGAGCGGGCGCUGAUCGAGAUCCUCGGCCGGCGGACGGCCGCGCAGCGCGCCGAGGUGCGCCGCGCCUACGCGGGGCUCUACCGGGAGUCCCUCCUCGACCGCCUCCGCUCCGAGCUCUCCGGCGACUUCCGGACCGCCAUGGUGCUGUGGGCGAUGGACCCGGCGGAGCGGGGCGCGCGGCUGGCCAACGACGCGCUCGCCGCCGCCAAGAGAGCCAUCAGCGACCAGCACGCCUGGGCGCUGGUCGAGGUCGCCUGCGCCUCCGCGCCGGACCACCUCGUCGCCGUCCGCCGCGCGUACCGCUCCCUCUUCGGCUGCUCGCUCGAGGAGGACGCCGCCGCCUGCCCGGCGCUCCAGGACCCGCUCAGGAAGCUGCUGGUGAGCCUGGUGCGGUCGUACCGCUGCGAGGCAGAGAUCGUCGACGAGGACGUCGCGGGGCUGGAGGCGGCGCAGCUGGCCGAGGCCAUCAGGAGGAGGAAGCAGCCGCACGGCGACGAGGUGAUACGGAUCGUCAGCACGAGGAGCAAGCACCAGCUGCGGGCCACGUUCCGGCGGUACGAGCAAGAGCACGGCGCCGGCAUCGACGAGGACAUCGCCAAGCAUAGCAGCAGCCAUUUCGCCAAGAUCUUCAGGAGCGCCGUCUGGUGCCUGACGUCGCCGGAGAAGCACUUUGCAGAGGCUAUCAGAUACUCCAUCUUAGGAUUUGGAACGGACGAGGGGACUCUUACCAGGGCGAUCGUGUCCGGGGCCGAGAUCGGCAUGGAGAGGAUCAAAGAGGAGUACAAGGCCAGGUUCAAGACCACGGUGACCAGCGAUGUCGUCGGCGACACCUCCGGGUAUUACAAGGACUUCUUGCUGACCUUGGUGGGGAGUGAAGAUUAGGCAGCCUGCUUCUGUUGGGGACGUUGUGGAAUGUGUAUGUAUCCGCAACCACGAAACAGAAGGUUUAAUCAGAGAUCCAGAGUGCAUGGUUAACAGUUCAUGCUGUGUGUUUAAGGACUUGUUAUGCACUGUAAGCAUGGAACUUCGAAGAUGCACAUUCAUCGGUUCUUUUCAAGAUUUCAAA